ACGCAUAAGUUGCCCUGUCGAAUAGAAAAGUCAUGUUCGAAAACCUAGUUUUGGAGAUCCAUGUUCAAUUUUGGGAGGCUAAGUACAAGCAAGAAGAGAUGGCAGAUGGUUAGCCCAGAAGAUGGGUUCUAGGUUAUCAAAGUUUUAGAGGGAUACGAAUAGCCAGGCAUGUACUAAAUUGUACCAACUCUGUAUAAGAACAUAUUUGUGUAUUUUGCCUAGUUCUUAGAGUCAUAAAUUGAUGGGGCUUGGUUUUUUUUUUUUAUGGCAAUCAGCAAAGAUGGGGUGAAACCCUGCAACUUUUUGUGGCAAAUUUUGUGGAAGGCCACGAUCCCAAUGGAUUUUCUGUUGGUUCCCUGUGGUUUUGCGCCCGGCGCCCGGCUAAGGACUUGGAAAGGUGCCAUUGGAUGGAUUCAACCAGAGCAGCAGCUGAAUCACCCCCGGGCCUUUUCGCGGCAGGGACAGGUCUACAUUCACGCGAAAGACGUGAUCAACAACGAGCCGCUGACAGUGGGCCAAGCGGUGCGCUUUCAUCUCUACGAGGAUCGCGCAGGGCUCGGUGCGGAGCAAUGCUAUGCCAUUGCCUGAGGCGUACGGUCGCAGCGGUGCUGCCAACAGUUUCAGGGGGAAAAAGACGCCGGCGUUGAGUCCAGGUGCAGGUCCAUCCUGGUGGGUCGAACCGACCUCACUGGCAGCGAUGCUGGAAGUCUGCCAGGGGCACCUGGUAAGUGGCAUUGUGGUGGCGAAAGCAGCUCGGGUGGGAUCUCAGAAUGGACGUCGAUAUGGACGUCGAUAUGGGGGUGCGUCUGGCAGCCUGGCUCCGAAUGGUGGCCAGGUGGCAUCCCCCGCGGUGCUCGCGUCGGUGCGCUGCGGGCUGGGAUCGGUGGAAAUGUGGGAUUGCUUCGCCCCAAGCAUUCGCAAGGGCACCCUGGUGUGCUGCCCCAGAGGGUUGGAUGAUCCGAAGUCGGUGGCCCACCGCCCCAGCCCCAGUGACAGCCGCCGCUGCUGGAGCCGCGCAUCGCUCCCAUCGCAGGCCAAUUCCAACGCGAUGGUGGCGGGAGAUGGGCCCACCUUGGGUUGGCCCGGCUGGUCCACGAAGUCCACCAAGUCCGCGAAGACAAGGACUGAGUAUGCUGGUGGAGCGUCCAUCGGACAAGGCACUGUGGCCUGGAUGGAUGUGAGUGGUCGCUUCGCGCCCCCUGCUGGUGCCCGCUCCGUGAUGCGCGCGCAGCGGCCGUCCUCAGCAUCGCAGUCCUUGCAGAACUGGCCCGCGGUGAAUUGGAACACCUCCAGGGGCCGCACGGCCUCCACGACCUCGCAGCUGUCGGACCGGGACACCGAGAAGAUGCGCGCCUCGCCCCCGAAAGAAGAUCUGAGUGCUGCACAGGACUCAGGCGAUGCCGAGGCAGCCCCUCAGGUGGAAGACACAACCGCUGGUGAAAUGCCGGCAGAGGAGCCAGCGCAAGGGCCCACCGGUGAGGCCAUGGAGACCGUGGAGGAGGAACCUGAGGAAGAUGCCGCGAAGGAGAAUCACGUGCAGUGGCUCAGGCUGCGCAUGGAGAAUCCGGCGACCUUCGGUUCUGAGGCGGAUCGCAUCACGUUGUUCGAACUCCUCCAGAUGCUGGCCGUCAAAGAUGCGCACAAGGAGGAAGUGCUGGACAACAUCGGCUUGGGCGGUCCCAUUAAACAUCUCGACACUGCCUUGGGCCUCAACGGUGGUGGCUGCUGCAGUACACAGUGGAAAGCCCAUAAGAAAACACCAGGCACGCAGCUGAGCUGCAACUCGGACGAUCGCACCAAAUCCACGGCCUUCCCAAUUUCUGAAAAGAAAGCUCAAAAGCCCGAGACGUGCAUAAUCUUUGACUGGGAAUAUUGUAUCUACGUGGUCUGGCGCGUUCCACUGGCUGAUAACCCUUUGCAGUUCAGAGGCUUGCAUUGGGGUUUGGGCAUCAGGGCUUACGCUGGAAUUCUACGACUGAAUCAAGGCACCUUUGGUGGGAUUAGGUGGCGGCGUUGCAAUUCCCUAGAGCUUGCUGAAAGGCUCUUUCGGGAAGAACUUCCUCUCCCGGACCGGGAGAUUGGCACAGAGUAUUACGAAUGGGUAGACGGCAAAGUCUUUUUUGUAGCCGAAGUCGAACUUCAUCAACUGAAAGCCUUUGGUGUUUCAACUGUUCUGAGUCUGGCAACAGGGUCAGAGAUGUUGAUUUCGAAAGCAAAGGAGUUGGAGGAGAGCGGUUCAGAACUGAUUUAUGCCACAGCCUCAGAUCGAGAGGUGAGGCCUCCCAAAAAGGCCAAGUUUGGUCGCAAGUCCGAAGUCCUGGAAUCGUCAGAAUCAAACAACAGCAGCAGUGGUUCGGAGGAUCUAGGGAUUCUUUCGAAAGCAGCAAAGUCAUGGCACGUUGGGGAUAUCAAACGAGAAAAGCAAGAAUCAGCGCCAAGCAAAUCAAAGAGUCGUUUUGCCCUUCUGGAAAACAGCAAAAAGAGAGAAGUCAAGUCCGAAGUGGAACAAUUGACCAAUCCUGCACUUCUGCUCAAACAGUUGAAAGGAGGUCAAGAUCCACUCCAAACUCUCCUCGCGCUCCAGCUUGCAGAAACGCUGGGAAAGAAGUCCAAGAAGAGCAAGAAACGAAAAAGCAGCAGUUCUUCUCGAGAUGCAGAAAGUUUGGACGACAGUGCGUCCAGCAGUGGGUCGUCAAGUCACCGCAAGCGAGGACAUGCUCGCGCCAUAGAAUCUUACCAAGGUUCUCGGAAGCGGAUGUUCCGCAAGCCUCUUCGCUAUGUGAAGCUCUAUGUGAAGGAGGUGGAGAAAGAGUUGGGGGCGGAAGACCGUCCUUACAAGCUGUCCGAAUAUGGCCGGAAAGUGCAGUGGGGGAAACAGCGCUCACUGCAGCGAUGCCAUUUCAUGCUCAGCGAGAUUCUCACCCGGCUUCUGAAGGGGCAAGUGGAAAAAGCUGCGUUGCAAACAGUGCUCUGUCUGAGAAGCAUCCAUCAAGCCGCCAUCGAUGGAACGUGGGACAUAGCCUGGCUUUUGACUCAUCUGCCGGAUCCAUGGACAAAACCUCAGUGGGGAGGCAGUGCCGAGGAAUUGGGGUAUGUGACCAGCUACCUCAAAUCAAUGGCAGAGCUGAACAAAAAUGCCGAGAAAGCCCGCUUCUCCGCUCAGGGAAGUGCAGAUCGAGGAGAGGGCGAAGCCGCUGUCCCUCCCAAAAAGGGAAAGGGAAAGGGCAAAAGCCGCGACAAGGAGAAGGACAAGCCGAAGGAGGAGGCAGGAACUGUCGAGGACGAGGUAGCCGUUCUCUUGCCUGUGUCCAUGGCCCUCAGAGACGAAACUGGCAAAAUCGUUUCUGGGGGCCUUUUCGCAGUCCUCCAGGACGCAGGGUGCAUGCAGAGCUCAGAGGUCAUUGCGUAUCGAGACUUGCUUCCAGCCAGAGCUGCUCAUGUUUGCGCUUUGUUUGCCCUUAUGCCCGAGUUGCAGACUCGCAAGUCCAACCGAAAGAUUUUGAAGCAGGCUGUCAAUUUCGUAAGCCGUGACGGAGCUCCGUCGUCCGAGAGCAAAAAGGCAGGUCUGUUGAAAACAUGUUGGACCACUGUUAAAGCCUGGCAAGAGCAAGUCGGUGGGCUAGUCCGCAGUCACUUGAGCAUUACAUUCAACAAGCAAAAGCACAGAGGUGGGGAAGCCUUGCGGAAGAAGUUUAGAAAGAUCUCCAUUGUCGGUGGAACUUUGAAAGGAGCACACUACGGUGACGUCUCGGAAACCGAUCUGAGAAAAGCUGCUAAAUCCUACAGAGGGGAUCCCAGAUUUGCCCAGUUUUGUAAACAGUGGGUGGCUGCCGAAACAGUGGCUCCGGAUGACGAGCCCUCCUGCCUUGGACACCAGAGUGCCAAUUCAUUCUCGGGAGAUAUGGGCGAGGGGCUCAACCUUUUGUCCGCAUUCACCCUUGACUGGAACAAGUUUGCGCUGGAAAGUUUGGUGGUUUUGGGGGUCUCUUGGUGCAUCAGCACCAUCGAAAAUCAGCUGAUUUUUGCAAUCUCGAUACCUGGCAGUUCGAUCAGUUCGCAUUGCUUGCUAGCCUUGGAUUUGACAAGGCCACUUCACACUCAUUUCAGGCGUGCCCCAGAGAAAAAGAGGGCGCGGUGA